AUGCCAACCAGGACUUUUUUACAUCAGUUAUAUUCUAUACUUCACCAGCCUGAUUUAACAGACUGGAUUUAUUGGUCAGAAGAUGAUAGCUCAAUCUUUGCUAUUAAACCAUAUUCAACUCAAUUCUCAUCUCAGAUUUUGAAAAGCUAUUUUAAACAUGGUAAUGUCAGUAGUUUUGUUAGACAAUUACACAUGUAUGGGUUUCACAAACUUUCCCAUUUAAAUAAGCAAGGUAACGAUAAAAAUGGGAACAAUACAGACCCACAAAACACUACAAAUAAUGGUAAUAAUUCAGGCAUAGAUCCUUCAGAAUCAGAUAUAUCAUUUCCACCAACUCUACCGCAAGAUAGAUCUUUGACUAUUUGGUAUUUUACACACCCAUCAGGUUAUUUCCAUAAAAAUGCUGAUAUUUUAAAUCUAGAAAAAAUCCAAAGGAAAAGUACUGGUGUAGGUAAGGAUGGUAAAAGAAAAAAUAUUUUAUCUCAUGUCGGUGUGAGUUAUGUUGAACAACCAAAAAUCUCUUACCAAACAAAUCAAACUUUACCAACUAUUUAUGAUCAACAUCAUAUGCAAUAUCAUUAUAAUCAUGUAAUGCAGAAACCAUACAUCAUUAAUGAACCGACUCCUUUAAAUAAUCAUAUUAGCCAACAGCCUAUACCUUUGAGACACCCUAUCCAAUCUUCGCCAAUACCAACUCCUCCUCCUCCAUCAAUUCAUAGUCAUUCUGCUAUUACAUUAAAAGAAGAAUUACCUCCGGUUAAUAGAAAUCCAAAUGGUAAUGAAAUGAUGUCUUUACCACAUACAACAUCUUCAUCAUUAUUACAACCAAAUUAUCAUCAAACCCCCCAUGCUCAUAUUCCACCAACUUCAUUAUCUGCACCUCCAUUGACAACUCCAUCUGUUAACGCAUCUCAUAAUUAUAAUGUUUUACCUCCAACUAUAAACCAAAAUAACAAUAGCACAGUACCACCUCCUUCAAAUGCAAAUAAUCCUAUAUAUGGUCAACCAGCUAACCCUGUGCCAAUAUCUCACCCGACUCCAACUAGAACACCAAUAAUUAUGCCAUCUAAUUCUGUAGUUCCAAUGCAGCAAUAUGAUUACCAACAUAUUUUAGAUGUUAAGGUACAAUCUUUAUCAAAAGCUGUGCUUACAUUAACUGAUGUGUUAAACUCAUUAAUGCAUACUCAAUCAAAAGAAUUAUCAAUGAUACCAGGUAAAAUAAAUACUAACAUUGAAUAUCAACAAAUUGCACAAACAUUACAACUUCUAAAAGAUGAGUUACUGUCAUUAGACUCAAAAUGA